AUGUUGUCCUUAACCUUAUUGUCCAUCGCUUCCCUUUCCUUGGUCUACGCUGCUGACGAGGCAGACGCUUAUACACAAUACCCUUCCGUUCCGCAUACAGCCUCUAUCAAUGGUUUUGCUGACAGAAUCUACGACCAAGUGCCAUCCUGUGCCCAAGAAUGUUUGAAACAAUCCACCAGCAACACCCCAUGUCCAUACUGGGACACCGGUUGUUUGUGUGUCAUGCCUCAAUUCGGUGGUGCCGUCGGUAACUGUGUCGCCGAAAACUGUCAAGGCUCUGACGUCGGCAGCUUCGAAUCCUUGGCCACCUCCAUCUGUUCCUCUGCCGGUGUCUGGGAACCAUACUGGAUGAUCCCAGGAAGUGUCUCUUCAGCCUUGGCCAGCGCUGCUACCGCUGAAGUCGAAGCCACCACCACCGACGAAGCCACCACCACUGCUGAAGAAACCACCGAAGCUGAAGAAACCACCACCACCGCUGCUGAAGAAACCACCGAAGCUGCUGAAACCACCACUGCUGCUGAAGAAACCACCGAAGCCGCUGAAACCACCACUGCUGCUGAAGAAACCACUGAAGCCGCUGAAACCACCACUGCUGCUGAAGAAACCACUGCUGCUGAAGAAUCCUCUGCUGCUGAAACUACCACUGCUGCUGAAGAAUCCACCGCUGCUGAAGAAACCACUGAAAAGGCUGAAUCUUCUUCUGCUGCUGCUGAAGAAUCCUCUGCUGCUGCUGAAUCUUCUUCUGCUGCUGCUGAAUCUUCUUCUGUCUCUGUUGAAGUUGCCAAUGCUGGUCAUAUGCAAACCGCUGGUGGUGUCAUUGCUGCUGUCGCCGCUAUUGCCGCUUUCUUCUAA